UUCCAACUCCGUCCUAACAAUUUUCCAUUGCCGUUGACUUCAACACUUAAGCUCGACAUCGACCUUUCCUCGUCGGCCAAUUCCUAUCCCGACACACUCCUGCAGCUUCGAUCAGCUCCUCUACACCCUUUUACGACCUAUAUAUCUUAAUUAUUCCUGCUACUGACUUUCAACCUCUGCCCGCGCACAAGCUACGUCGUCAUGGCUUCUCUUCAAUUGCGCGCUCAGCGUGCUGCUCUUCGGAGCUUGCGGACACCCACCACAGCUAGUUGUAGAACUAUGAGGCUACCUGCGUCUUUCUCCCGCUCUUACGCUACCGAGAUCGAGCCCGAAAGGCCGAAUAAGAAUACCCCCACCCGACAGAGUAACGAGACAAAGGUGGGAAGGACGUUCCAAGGACAGGUUAUGGGCAGUAUUGGAUCUCGAUUAAGGCGUGAGCGGGAGCAGAGGGAGAAGUACGAGGAGUGGCGCAACAUGACAGAUCCUACACGGAACUGGAUGGUGACAUUUGUCUUCCUCUCGGGCGUUGGUAUUUCAUACUGGCUUGGUACAUAUUGGCCAAGAGACCCCGAACCCACGUCAACACUGCCUCUCAACAAGUCCAAAGCUCCCAAGCACAACACGAAACUCGAGAAUAUGCAGGCUGCCUGGGCCGACUUUGUCAAGAUUGUCGGCCAGGACAAUGUCAGCACCGCUGAGAACGACCUCGAACACCAUGCCACAUCCAGUUGGUCCUCUCAUCAGGCUGGCCCCGAAGACCGUCCCUUUUGCAUUGUCUAUCCCUCAAGCACUGAAGAGGUGUCUGAGAUUAUGAAGGUUUGCCAUAAGCGCAAGAUUCCCGUUACAGGCUACAGCGGCGGUACCAGUCUCGAAGGUCACUUCACACCUACCCGCAAGGGCAUCUCUAUCGACUUUGGCCGUAUGAACAAAAUUAUCAACCUUCACAAGGAGGAUCUCGAUGUCGUUGUCCAGCCUGCGAUGGGCUGGGAAGCUCUAAAUGACCACCUGGGGCAUGAGGGUCUCUUCUUCCCUCCCGACCCUGGUCCUGGCGCUAUGAUUGGAGGCAUGAUUGGCACUGGGUGCAGUGGCACCAAUGCCUAUCGCUAUGGUACCAUGCGCGAGUGGGUUCUCAGCUUGACUGUCGUUCUUGCUGAUGGCACUGUCAUUAAGACCCGGCAGCGACCUCGCAAGAGCUCUGCUGGCUACGAUCUCACGAAGCUGUUUAUUGGUUCCGAGGGUACCCUUGGUCUCGUGACUGAGGCUACUCUCAAGGUCACCGUCAAGCCUGAGUCUACCAGCGUCGCUGUCUGCAGUUUCCCCUCAAUCCGCCAUGCCGCUACUUGUGUGAGCAAGGUUGUGGCCCAGGGCAUCCCCGUCGCUGCUGUCGAGAUUCUCGACGACAACCAGAUGAAGUGCAUCAACGAUGCCGGAAUGACAUCACGAGCAUGGACAGAGGCAGCCACACUCUUUUUCAAGUUCGCCGGAACUCCCGCCGGUGUCAAGGAGCAGGUUGCCCAAGUGCAGGGGCUCGCUAAGCAGUCUGGCAGCAAGACCUUUGAGUUUGCUAAGAGCCAAGAAGAGCAGGACGAGCUGUGGAGUGCGCGAAAGGAGGCUCUCUGGAGUACCACAGCUGUCAAGAAGCCUGGCGACCACGUGUGGACAGGCGAUGUUGCUGUGCCCAUGAGCAAGCUACCAGAUCUGAUUGAGGCGACCAAAGAGGAUAUGGCAAAGAGUGGCCUAUUUGCUUCUAUCGUAGGACAUGUCGGUGACGGCAACUUCCACACCAUUCUGCUGUACAACGAUGCUCAGCGUGCAAAGGCUGAGGCUGUUGUGCAUCGCAUGGUCAAGAAGGCUGUUGAGAUGGAGGGUACCGUAACGGGUGAGCACGGCGUUGGACUUGUCAAGCGGGAUUAUCUCCCUCAUGAGCUUGGCGAGUCUACAGUUGACGCUAUGCGACAGGUAAGAAAUAUUGCCCAUAUAUUGAAAUGAGCAGUUUGCUAACAGUCAUUGCAGAUCAAGAAGGCCUUUGAUCCUCUAUGUUUGCUCAACUGUGACAAGGUUGUGCGGGUACAAAAACCCAAGAAGGGAGAGGUCGACGAGUGGUAGAGAGUUAUGAAAUACGCAUGAGAUUGGAAACGGACAAGAGGAAAAGGAGCAUGAUGAUACCUGGUGUAGCGUGUACAAUGUAGGAAUAGAUGGCUUGAACGGCAGUCACAGAGACUCGUCUUUACAAAAGCUUUGUGUAUAAGAUCAGUUUAGCAGAAACCUUGAUAAAGUUCACCCUUAGUCAUGUAAUCCACUCGAAAAUGUGCUUAUCUUCUUCUGUUGCUUUUGAAGUGCUAAAGGCCCUAUGACCUUUGGCGACCAAACUUAUCUUUUAAGUCAAUAUAUUUCCUCUAGAACCUGUAAAGUUACCUCAAGUUCAUAUUACCUUUUAAGAGUUUAUUGGAGUCAACCCCUGGAGGGCCGAGGCUGCCUG